AUGAACAAAACCGGCGACGUGGACAUUGGGACGCCAAUGAAGGACUUCCGCGAAUUCACCAUGGUCUUGCCACCCGAGUUCCGUGGUGAGGCCCUGAGCAACUCGGACCUGAUCCGGGAGGUACAUAACAGCUUCGCGCGAAGCAGUCCCUUCGUCGAUGAGACGCAAAAGACAGGGGAAGCGGAGGAUGCUUUCCAUUUCAUUGCAUACACCCCCAUCAAUGGCACUCUAUAUGAGCUCGACGGACUGCAGGCUGCGCCCAUCUCACAUGGCCCCUGUACCACCGAGUCGUUCCCCGCGCAGGUGGUGGAAGUUCUGCAGAAGCGGGUAGCUCGCUAUGAGGCCACGGAAAUCCGCUUCAACCUCUUGGCCAUGUGUCGUGACUUGCGAAUCCGGGCACGCGAGUUUGGCGACGAGGAGCUGUUGGCUCGAGAAGAGCGCAAGCGUCGGGACUGGCAGUUUGAGAAUGCCCUCCGAAGACACAAUUUUGUUGGCUUCGCGGGUGAGGUGCUCAAGGGCGUGGUGAGGCAAAAGCUCAAGCAAGGCGGCGAAGUGGCCGUGGACCGAUGGAUCGAUGAGAGCUUGGAACGGAGAAAGGCAGCCGAGAAGGCCGCAAGGAGAGGUAAUCAGGACGUGGACAUGGAUUGA